GACGUAAGCAGCACGAGACUAGAAUUUCGAAAAUCGUCUGCUUUUCUAAAAAAUGAACUCUGUAAAAUGCGGUAAAAAGAUGGUGAAACGUCGUUUAUUCGAAGAGAGUGGCUCGGAGAAGAAACGAAAACUUACGAAGAGUAAAAAUAAUGCAAAAUCUGCGAGUAAUUCACUUCUGAAGGACCUGGAUUUAGACAAUUAUUUCGGAUUCGGAUUUCUUUCCGAUUCGAGCGACGAAGAUACAAAAAGAAAUUUUAAAGACGAUGGUAACGAUUGCGAAUUGACUCUUACCAAAGAAAAUUUGUCUUGGUUAUUAAACCUGCAAGUCGGAACGUUGUUUAAUGAAGAAAAAACCAUCUACCACGAUCACAGUUAUGAAAAAAGUCGAGAUCAUAACCAUUCAAUACCCCAGGAAUAUUUGUGCUUGACAGUAAAACCCGAGAAACCGCCAUAUACUUACAAGGAAUUAAUUGAAUUAGCCCUUAAAGAAAGAUCGCAAUUAACCGUUUCGGAAAUUUAUCAAUGGAUUGGGGAACACUUUCCUUUUUACCGUAAUUCUGACGGCAGAUGGAAAAAAUCUAUUCGAUACAACUUAUCUAUAAAUCCUCAUUUCGAGAAAGGCGAAAAGUCCGAUAGAGGAGGUCAUUUAUGGAAAAUAGUUCCAAUUGAUUUUACUACGAAUAACCAAAUAUUUGCGCGUAAUGCGCAUAAAGAAAGAAAACGCAGAAGGAAUUCUCACAAUCCAGAUUCAUUUUAUAAUUACAAAACUACGUUCAGUGAAGUAUCUAAUGAUAUCCACCUGGAUGCGACUAGUAAUAAGCGUAAUUUGUUACAUUUUGACCACCAAGAUUCACUAAUAAAAAGAACAAAAGGUAUAAUUUACGGUCAGCAGGACGAGAAGGUUCACGUAGAAGCUAUACCAUAUACAGAUGUGUUCGAUCAAAGUUACUGUUCAUCAAACUUACAUUACCAGUGGCCACAAAUAGAAAAUAUAGACUUUCAAAAUGUAUUGACAAAUCAAAUAUAUCUUCCGGAUGUUGGACAAGACUGUAAUAUCAUUUCAGACUUCUCUUACCAAUUCCAUCCCAUAUAAAAAUCGCCCGAACUGUUUAGCGAGUUUAUUCGAUUAUAACAUUUAAAUAUAUUCAAUUUAUUUAUUUCUCAGAUUUUACCAACUGAACAUAUUUUCUUUAGAUGUUUACAUUGUAUAAAUGAUAUUUGUUUAGUUUAAUUAAGAUUAUUUUAAGCGUAUUUUGGCAAAACUGCACGAUGGCAUGAUAUUUAGUAUAUGCUCUACCCUUUAAAUAAAUAUUUCUCGAAAUAUAGAUGUAUCAUAUUUUGUUUUAUGCAGAAUAGUUGUAUUUUUUGUACUACCAUUUAAAUAUGCAUGUUUAAAAUAAAAGUUUAUUCGUUGAUUGUAAAUCUUUUGU